GUCGACGACCAAGCAACGCUAAGAAAACGAAUCGGAGCAACGUUCAGCGUUCAACGGGGGCAACCUAACAAGUUCAGUACAAUUGGCUGCAACUUGAAAGAAAACUGCAACAUUUGACAUUUGUGGCAGCCGGUGCAAGUAAAGUGUCAUCUAAGAAAAUAAUUAGUAACGUUUUCGCUUCGAGAAUUGCAAUCAGCUAACGGAUAUUGCGAAAAAUAUUGCACGCCUACGCGAAAUAUUCGAGGUGUAAAAACCACCAGCUGCCCGAUUUUGUAUGUGUGUGUGUGUGUGUGUGUGUGUGAAAAUCAAUAAACGCUGUCGACGUUAUUUGCCUCCGUUUGAGAAGGAAAGUGGAGGGAAGUGGAGGAUGUGCUUGCCAUAUUAACCGGCCAUAUGGCAACUGUGCUGUGUUAAUCAAAUAAGUAAUACCUAACAAGGAAUUGUGCCAAGGUGCCAAGUGCAACAAUAUUGAACACUGUACUGACGUCAAAAUUACCUAAUUUAAAGAAACUAUCAAUUGAAGAGACAAUUAAAUCAAGACUCCAUUUACAAAUAUAUUCAAUAUGACAAAGCGAAUGGAAAUAACCUGCGCACUGAUUGCAAUCCUUAUGUGCAGCAUAUUGGGUCACUGCGAAAUGUCCGUUUACCCAGGACUACGUCGUCGUCCCAUCCAACCGGCGACACUGGAGACCCAGCAAUAUGAGCAGCUCAUGGAGGAGCAUGCUCGUCGUCGGCUGCAGCAGCAGUUUGAGCAGCAGCUGGAGCUGAUCAAGCUGAAGAUGAUGCGCCAACGGAAACUGCUGGAGGAGGAACGUUACCGUCAGCGGCAGCAGGAGGUGCAGAUGGCCGAGUCCGAGGAUGAAUACGAGAACAACAACAACAACGGAAACUUCAAUAAUCAGCAGUAUGAUCAAUACGAUAAUGUUGAGGGCGAUGCUGCCUAUGGCAGUCCGUUGGACACCAUGCCCGACGUGCGUCCUCCGCCUCCAAUGCGCUUGCCGAUGCCCAACUUCAACAGCUUGGAGAGCGUCUUCAAUCGCAACAGCGUGCCCCGGGAGCGCAUUCCCUUCGCCGUCGGUCCCAAUGAUGCACGCUUUUUUGAUAACGCCAACGAUCCAUCCGGCGAACUGGACUCCCGUGCACUGGAUGAUUACGAGGAGUAUGCACCGGCACCUGAACCUGCCCCCGAAGUUGUUACCGCCAAGAGCAAGCAGGUCACGACAGUGCCAGCACCGAAACCUGUGGAGCCACCAAAGCUCCUGGAUCCGGCCACAGCGAAUUUCCAUCGCAUCAAGCCACAAUCUGCGGCCGCUGCUGCCGUUGCAGGAGUUACUCUGCCGCAGCCCAAGGAGUCUUCUAAUGAGAUCAGUGCGCUGAUUGAUAAGCUGCAAAAACAAAGCAAAUCUCCCCAAAUGGCACUUGCUGGCGUAGGAAACGGCGAUGCCGCCGAUCACAUUGUGAUGCGCCAACAUAUGGGCAUGUCCAGCGAAAUGGGCGUGUACAUUGUGGCACUCAUUGCCGGCGUCAGUGCGGCGGUGACAGUGGGACUCUUGGCGCUGGGCGUCACCUGGUUCCACAAUCGUAGUAAAGCUGCCGCAGAUGUGGAUUAUCCGGCUUAUGGCGUAACGGGGCCCAAUAAGGACGUCUCGCCAUCGUGUGAUCGCAAGCUGGCGCAGAGCGCUCAAAUGUAUCACUAUCAGCAUCAGAAGCAACAGAUCAUCGCCAUGGAGAAUUGUCAGGCAACUGAUGGCAGUUGUGGCCUCUCCGAUGUGGAGAGUGACGAUGACAAUGAGGAGGGCGACUAUACCGUCUAUGAGUGUCCUGGUCUGGCGCCCACUGGCGAAAUGGAGGUUAAGAAUCCGCUCUUCCUGGACGAGACGCCCGCCACGCCAGCAACAGGCGCCACUGCGGCAACCACCAAUGGCACCGCUAGCACCACUGCUCCCGUCUCCACCAACAACAACAUCACGCAGGCCACACCACAACAGCCGGCCACCCAGAAGAAGGGAUCCGUCAAGCCCAACAUGAAUCUGUUGAAUGCUGCGGCUACGGCUGCAGCCGCUGCCGCUGCCAACGCCAACGCCGCCGCCGCCGCUGCUGCCAACGUCAACGUCGCUGAGGAGAAGCCAAAGCGCAAGGGCAAGAAGUAAAUUGAAGGCGAGUGGAGAAUAUUGAAUGCUUUAUCUCUCUCUCUCUGUCGCUCUCUCUAUCUCUCUCUUGGCAUGCCAUGUGCUGAGGCAAUUGGUAAAGUUUGACUGAUCCAUUUUGUCAGCCAACAGAAACUAGACACAAGGUACGCGUAUGUACAUAACACACAAAUUUACACACACACAUUUACAUACAUACAUACACACACACACAUACACACACACACAUACACACACAAAUACAUAUACAUAUACAAAAGGAAAUACGCGCGCAUGUAUAGAAUAUGUAUUCCUAAAGAAAGUCCAUGGAAUUAAAUUCCGCGGCUGCAGGCUCUCGAGUGCAACAAACGAGUAAACUUGCUUUGAUGGCACAAUUCUCUUAUCUUCCCCUAACUGUAAGCUCUAUCAUAUGUAUUUAUUAUGAUGUAUCGUAAUCGUAAUCAUAAUCGUAAUCAUAAUCGUAACCGUAUCAUAAUCUUAUUGCUAUGAUCUAAGACAUGCUCUCAGCACACACAACUACCCUUACCUCCACUCCACCCUCCUCCCACCACCUGUCGCUGUCACUGUUUCCGCUUCCGUGAAUCCCAGAAACAGCGAAAGAUAACAAAUUGCGCAAGUAACAAUGGGAAACCAUGUGGUGCUUGUCAGUCAAAAGCAGGAACAACGACAAUUGCACAAUUGCCUUCUGAAAAUAUAAUAUCCUUGCCUCCCCCUGUCCCUCUCUCCGCCACACCCACUACAUUCCUGUUACUUAAUAUGCUACUGAUUCAAUUUACCUACAAUCCAACAUGUGUACUUAUUUAUUGUAUUGUAAUUAAACAUUUUAUUGUAUUGUACU